CUCCAUCCUCUUAGUUGAAUGACAAAAGUGGGCAGUUCAAGAUUUCAUAUUUGCCCUCACUGUCUCAAACUCGCUCUUUUCUUCCUCUCCUUUGCAGCCGGUCGGACGUACGCGUCCCAUACCUGCAUAGAGUUCCCAGUAUUCUUGGGUACAGUAUUGAACGUCGCAAUAUCCCGCGCGCACUGCACCAAGUGAGGGAGCCGAUGCCGAAAAGACUUCCUAUCCUUUCAACCCCAAAAAUAUUAGAAAAUCCAGGAUUGGACAACCAUUAAUCGAAAUGUUUGUCGAAAUAAUGCGACCAGUAAGGUUCCUCCCCUUUCUGUGCACAGUUUGCUACCUGACCAUGGCUUUCCCCGCCCAAACAGGAUACUCAGAAGACGACAAGCGUCAACUCCAGGUCACCAUCUCCAAGACAACCCCCAUCUCCACUGCACACCUGGGGGGCUCCAUCACAAUCACCUGCCUGGUGUCCCUGUCACCUGGGCCCCUCUCAUCCUCCUCGCCCCCGAUCCCACCCCGGGUCAAGUGGAGCGUGUUGCAUGAGGGGGAGCAGGAGGAGACAGAGAUCCUGGUGGCGCGGGGUCAAAGGGUGAAGGUCAAUGAGGCCUACAGAGAACGAGCCUCCCUGGUCAACUUUGCACACUCGCCUGAGGACCUCUCCCUCUGGUUGGGGGAGCUGCGCUCAAGCGACACGGGGCACUACCGCUGCGAGGUGCAGCAAGGCCUGGACGAUGCCAGUGAUUUCACACAGAUAAAAGUCAAAGGUGUGGUCUUCCACUACAGACACGCCUCUGGCCGAUAUGCGUUUUCGUUCAGUGAGGCCCAGAGGUCGUGCGAGGGCAUUGGGGCACACAUCGCCACUCCCGACCAGCUUCUGGCAGCUUAUUACGAUGGCUAUGAGCAGUGUGACGCCGGCUGGCUCGCUGACCAAUCUGUCAGAUAUCCAAUCCAAGUUCCCCGGGAAGGUUGCUAUGGUGACAUGGAUGGCCGCCCGGGAUUGAGGAACUAUGGGACACUGGAAUCAGAGGAGCUGUUUGAUGUGUAUUGUUAUGUGGAGCAUAUUGAUGGGGAGGUGUUCCAUGGCUCUGCCCCUCAGCAGCUGUCAUUGGACGAGGCUCGGGCUUACUGUGAGAAGGAAGGGGCAGGGCUGGCUACCACAGGGCAGCUGUACGUGGCGUGGAGCAAGGGUUUGGACAGCUGCAACCCUGGCUGGCUGUCGGAUGGCAGUGUGCGGUACCCCAUCGUCAUCCCUAGGGAGCGCUGUGGAGGGCCUCAGGCAGGGGUCAAGACCCUGUAUCGCUACAGCAACCAGACAGGCUUCCCUGAAUCAUCCAGCCGCCAUGAUGUUUACUGUUUCAGAGGUCUGGGUGUUGGGAAUCCUCACACUGAUGCCCCCAUGGACUACAUGGCCACUGAGCCAGAGGACAUCGGACAAGAUGUUGUCGUUCUUAUGGAGCCUGCUGAGGAGCUCUAUCUGAGCCAGGAUAGCAAGCAAGUGGAGCGAGAGGCCCAGAGUGUCCUGGGAUCCCUCCCCGUCUUCCAGUCGGCUCCUGCUCAGGAGGAUCUGCAGGGGACUCCCCCUACUGCCAUGUCAAGCACAGAGGUCCCCCUCACCCAUACAGCCUCUUCCCAGGACCUUCUCCAGCCCUUUGAUGAGACUUCACUUUCUGUAGAGGAAAACUACCACUCCCAGCAUGCUACUUCACUACCCAACACCUCCAGUGAGCUAGAUUCCCUCCAAGAAGGAGACUAUUACUCCCAGCAUUCUACUUCACUACCCAGCACCUCCAGUGAGCCAGAAUCUCUCCACGAAAGAGACUAUCACUCCCAGAAUUCUAGUUCCAUACCCAGCAUCUCCACUAAUCCAGACUCCCUCCAUGAAGGAGAUUAUCACUCCCAGAAUUCUAUUUCCAUACCCAGCACCUCCAGUGUGCCAGACUCCCUCAAUAAAGGAGACUAUCACUCCCAGAAUUAUAUUUCCAUACCCAGCACCUCCAGUGAGCCAGACUCCCUCCACGAAAGAGAGUAUCACUCCCAGAAUUCUAGUUCACUACCCAGCACCUCCAGUAAGCCAGACUCCCUCCACGAAGGAGUCUAUCACUCCCAGAAUUCUACUUCACUACCCAGCACUUCCAGUGAGCCAGUCUCCCUCCACGAAGGAGACUAUCACUCCCAGAAUUCUACUUCACUACCUAACACCUCCAGUGAGCCAGACUCCCUCCACGAAGGAGACUAUCACUCCCAGAAUUCUACUUCACUACCCAGCAUCUCCAGUGAGCCAGACUCCCUCCACGAAGGAGACUAUCACUCCCAGAAUUCUACUUCACUACCCAGCACCUCCAGUGAGCCAGACUCCCUCCACGAAGGAGACGAUCACUCCCAGAAUUCUACUUCACUACCCAGCACCUCCAGUGAGCCAGUCUCCCUCCACGAAGGAGACUAUCACUCCCAGAAUUCUACUUCACUACCCAGCACCUCCAGUGAGCCAGACUCCCUCCACGAAGGAGACGAUCACUCCCAGAAUUCUACUUCACUACCCAGCACCUCCAGUGAGCCAGUCUCCCUCCACGAAGGAGACUAUCACUCCCAGAAUUCUACUUCACUACCUAACACCUCCAGUGAGCCAGACUCCCUCCACGAAGGAGACUAUCACUCCCAGAAUUCUACUUCACUACCCAGCACCUCCAGUGAGCCAGACUCCCUCCACGAAGGAGACUAUCACUCCCAGAAUUCUACUUCACUACCCAGCACCUCCAGUGAGCCAGACUCCCUCCACGAAGGAGACUAUCACUCACACAAUUCUACUUCACUACCCAACACCUCCAGUGAGCCAGACUCCCUCCACGAAGGAGACUAUCACUCACACAAUUCUAAUUCACUACCCAACACCUCCAGUGAGCCAGACUCCCUCCACGAAGGAGACUAUCACUCACAAAAUUCUACUUCACUACCCAGAACCUCUAGUGUUCUAGACUCUCUCCACGAAGGCAAUUCCAGUCUCUACCAGCUAGUGCUGGAAACAACCCCAGAAUUCCCUGAGCCAUCCUACGAGCCACACAGACAUUAUCAGCCGAUGCCAGAGAUGAAUCCGGAGGAAACUGACUACCAACAGUCAGGAUCUUCCAAGCACUUCCAGCCAAUGCCAGAGACCAAUCACGAGUUGGAUCAAGUGGAAGCCAACUACAGCACAACAGGAGGUAACCAGAGUCAUCGGGAGAAUACAAAAGAGACUACCACAAUGGCCUUUGAACCCAUAGAGAAUGCUACCGAGGCACGUGACCAUGCCGCAGAGAGAAGACACAAAGAGGUGAUCGUGGGAGAGCCUGAGGAGACAUCCAUCUCUACCAAGUCCCCGGGAGAGCUUGAUCCCCGCCCAGCAUGGUCUACCCUCUCCCCCCACGCAAAGGCAACCUCAGUGUGGUCGCCCCUGGAUGGAUCUGGAGAUGUGUCCCAAGAGAUAGAACUAGUUGUCCACCAGGGAAUCCACACAGACAGAUUCCCCACCUCCUCCUCCUCCUCCUCCUCCUCCUUCACCACUCACAUGUCUGCCUCCCCUGGAGCCACCAGCAUUCCCAGUGAGGAGCAGACAGGAGUUACGCAUUCAAGCAGCAUCUUAUCUGGACUGGAUCAUUCAGAGGAGCUAGGACUGGAUGUGUACUCCACAGUAGGCUAUCCAAAAGUAACCUCGCAGGGAACUUCCUCCGCUAGGCUGGAGGGCAGCACCAGUCUAAAUUUUGAGGGUAUUGUCAUUCCAGAGAGAUUGGUACCUUCUAGAGAAGUGGAGCUGGCACCAGGGGAGUCUGAUGAGGAGCACCUGGGGUCUGGAGAGGGCAUAGUCACUACCGAGUCUCCAGACCUCUCCACCACCUCCCAGCUUCCCGUCGAGUUUACCACUCUGGGCUAUCAAACAACGACCAUGUCCAGAAUAGAGAUGGAUCCCACAACCACAGACCCUGACGAAGACGGAAGUGGACAUGAGCCAAGCACUGAUGAACCAUCCCUGGGAGAAAAAGUGACCGUCUUCCCCCUUGAGUCGCAAACAUCCAGCUGGGAUCUGCACCGCACCACCUCUGCACCCCAAGAGUCUCAGGAAGACCUUGAAUACAGUGGGGAACCCCUUUCCACCUCUUCCCAGACAGAUCUUCCAGACUCCUCAGAAGAACCUGAUCUGUUUGGGUCAGACUCCUUGUCCAUCUCAAGUACGGAUCCCACCUCAGCCACCAUGUCCACAUCCACCAUGUACACCUCCACAGAGUGGGCCACACGGACCUGGAGCCCCACCACCUCCACGACACAAGGUCCCCCAGAAACAUCUGAGCCGGAGAGGGUGACGGCUCUUAUGCCCCCCGUGGAUCAGGGCCGGUUGGAUCUGGAAUUCGGCCUCACCCAGCCACCCACCCUGCUCAUGUUGCCCAAUGAGAGGGCUGCCGUGGGCAGUGCCAGGAAGAUUUCAGAUGCCUGUCUGGAGGACCCCUGCGCCAACGGCGGCACCUGCGUUGAGAUGGACGGGAGCACCAAAUGCCUCUGUUUGCCCAGCUAUGGAGGUGACCUCUGUCAGACAGAUCUGGAGCAGUGUGAGGUGGGCUGGCAGAAGUUCCACGGGAACUGCUACAAGCACUUCAACCAGCGGCUGAGCUGGGAGGUGGCGGAGCAGCACUGUCGCAUGGUGGGGGGCCACCUGGCGUCAAUCAUGACACCUGAAGAGAAGGACUUCAUUAACAAUAACUUUAAGGAGUAUCAGUGGACUGGACUAAACGACAAGACCAUCGAGGGGGAUUUCCACUGGUCCGAUGGCAACCCACUGCUCUAUGAGAACUGGUACAGGGGCCAGCCUGACAGUUACUUCCUGUCUGGAGAGGACUGUGUGGUGAUGGUAUGGCAUGAUUCUGGGCACUGGAGUGACGUGCCCUGCAACUACCACCUGGCCUACACCUGCAAGAAAGGCACCUCUUCAUGUGGCCCUCCCCCCAAAGUCCGAAACGCACCCGCGUUUGGCAAAAUUCGCCAGAGGUACGAGACGGGCGCCGUUGUGCGCUACCACUGUGCCCAGGGCUUCCAGCAGAGACGAAACCCUCUGGUCGUGUGCCUGCCGGGUGGCAAGUGGGAGGAACCUCAGAUCCUCUGCAUCCCUGGGGCAGGAAGCACAGCACAGACAGUAGGAGUAACAUCACUAACCACAGGAAGCCAGGAGCUGGCUGAAGAGGAAUCACAAACAACAAAGGAAACGCUUCAAUACUGGGACAUCAAGUGGAACUUUUAAAUGUCAUACCAUGUCCCAGUACACUUCAAGAGUUUCCUUUCCUCAUUGACCAGAGAUCUGAAAUGGCCUAACAGGUCAAGGCAAUAGAUUGAUCUUGAAGGAUAGGAGACAGGGAAAGAGUACUGGGACACUGGGCCAGUCAAGCAUAACCUCUUACAUUCCUACUGUCCUCCCAAAAGCACAUCGAUCUGAAUCUGUUGUUGGGAUAGCCUGGGCUUGAAGGUCUCUUGUAGCCCUACAUAGGAUGCAAUGAAUUGCAAUAGUGUCCUAGAACGCUAUGAUACAGAACCCAGAACAUAUUCUGUGAAAAUCCUAUUAAUAAUCAGUAACUCCUUGUCCGUUCAUCCAGAUUGUAUAAUGUGUGGAUCUGUAUGGAAGCUUUUCUCCAAACCGGCACAUAACCCCAGGCGAGGUAGACAGACAGUGGUAGGAUAUGCAGUAGCUCGUCUUGAGCACUGUCUAUCACAGGUGAAGUCUGGUGCCGGUUUGGUUCAGACAGUUUCUUUAAAGAUAUCCACACAUUGGACAAUCCAGAAGGAUGAACAAGGAGGUAUGAAUAGUAGAUGUGAAUUCUGUAAAAGGAUUACUGGAAACAGGUAAACCUAUGGACUUUUUGCCAGAUAUGUUCCGGACUCCACAUUGUAGCUAUCGAGGAUGCCAUUGCAUUCAAUGUGCGGGGUCAUCUGUAAGCCCAGGUCUCUUGUUGGUUUUAAACAGGCCUCAGCAGGCUAAUGGUGUUCAGCGAUCUCAUCUCCGCAAUUUAUCAUGUCAGUUCUCAAUCAUUGUUUAUUGACUAUUAUUGGCAAAUCAACUUUAUAAAUCCACCCAUAAUAUUUUCAACAACAGCUGGUCUGUUUUGCAAUUCCAUUCAUAUUCCAUCAGCUGAGGACUACCUGGGGUCUGUUCAGUAGGGUGCAAACGUUACAGGACGUUCAGAUAGAAAUGUAUCGUGUAGAAUAGAUAUGAUUGCCCAGCCUGGCCUCAGAACCGUACAAAAUAUAAUUGUGUAGUUCUGAGCACCUCCAAGAGGUAUGAUCCCUACAGUCUAGCAAUCCAAAGGUUGCAUGUUCGAGCCGCGUCGGGGAUAUCUGUAGCAUUUUAACUAACCUUUCCCCUAACCCUUAUUCUUACGUUAACCCAAUUCACCUGCUAUGCAAAUUCACCUAACCUUUGUCAUUUUAGUCCUCCUAACCUUUGUAGUUAGUUCCCGUAACCGCCAACUUAAAUUGUCCGCGUAAUUGUCCUUUGUUGUUACAGUGCAACAAGCAAUGUGGUCUCAGACAAAGACUUUGCAAUGCUAUAUGUCCUCCAAGACGUAUGAUACUGUACGUCCUCCAAUUUACAUGAUAUUGUACGACCACUAUUUUGUCCAACGUAGCGUAAUGUAUCAUCCUGAAUUGAGUGUCACAGAUUUCCGUACAGAUUCACACCAAUUGUCCUGAAACCACAUUGGAUUGCCUGUAGACACGGGACUCGGGAACGUCUGUAGUUCUGUUAGUAAUAUUUCUGCCUGCAAUGAUUUCAACUUUUGCAGGACAGGUGAGUCCUUGUAGGGUUGUCUGGUUGAGUGUCGGCUCUGUGGUCCAACGUAACCUGUCCCACACCACUACCCCUAUGUCCUUUAUGAGUCCCCGUCAUAAAACAAAAAGGACUGCAUAGGUGUACGCAAUAUGAUGGCAACUUCACCAAGCCUACCAGAGGGCUCGGUGUGGCUAUUACCACAUUGCUGAUACCAAUACAAAUAUUUCAGAUGCACGAGGUGACUUAACAAAGUCUUCGGAAUGGAAGGAAUGGUUGGUUUGGAAUUGGGGCAGCAACAAAAAAAUCCCUGUGCUCUUAGGAACCCAUAUCAACUCUUGAACUCAACAUUUAUGUCCAUCUCAACCAUCUCACAACCAUACGCCUUCUUAGACUUUUGUCAUCAACAGACUUUAUAUGAAACAUGGUGCUGACACCCUUGCGUGUGAUACCUGCAUGAAGUACGUUAAGAAAUGUUCAUCCUUAAAGAAUCAAAAUGGCAGGUUUGUGCAGCAGGAUGUUAGAAAAAUAAAACAACUCUAAACAAGCUUGUUUAUAAAAGUCAAUACCAUUAUCGAAGUAGAAUUUACAUUUCUCACGGUGGUCAUAACUCUUUUGGGGUGAAAGAGGCGAGAGUGAGUGAGUAGCAUGCAAAAGAUUUGACCAUGGAUACGAUGCCACUACUGUACUCAUCAAUGAUAUUAAUUUUGUCUCAAAGUAUGUUUUAAUUACUGUCCACUCUUCCCUCUGAUAGAUGCCCGACAUUUUACUGACACAGUUCUAUGAAAAGCUUUGUGUUGUAAUAAAGUUUUUUUAUAGAAUAAAGCAAGGAUUUAAUGAGUAUUAACCACACAGCCAUUAUCGGAAAUUGUAUUUGUUUGUUCUUUAUUUGCUUCGGUUUUUAUAAGCAUCUUUUACGGUAAUACUGUUCCUUUAUAAACCAACUAAAAUAAAAUUUGAACGUUUCUGUGA